AUGACAGAUCAAUUACAGGUGCCAUACCAAGUUUUAGAUUGGUUAGUUAGAGUCAUACAUCCAAUUUAUGAAUCACCCAAAUCGGUGUUUAAUGACGUAGUGUAUGCCUUAAAUCAAUAUCAAUACAUUUUAAGACCCAAAACAAAAGUUUAUACUGAUGUCAACGGUGUAUCGCAAUUGCUAUUAUGCUUGUAUGGCAAAAUCGGAGUUGACAAUAGUAUUCCCAUUAUAUUAUGGAUACCCGUGAAUUAUUUGAGCAAUAAUGGUCGUGAUAACGAUCCCUGGAUUGUUUUGGAUUUUGAUAUAUUACCUGAAAACUAUGAGAUUGUUAACGAGCAUCAUGGCGCUGAAGCUAUUUCAAACAAAUAUGUUAAAGGGGAAAGUGGUAUAAUUAACAUCCCUAGCUUAUCACACAAUAGUAGCGUGGAUAUUGCCACCACCUCUCCUCUUCCAGGCACAAGGCUUUGUAAUAUAAUAAGUGAAUUAUUGUACAUAUUUAAGGACUCCAGGGCAAUAACUAAUGAUAUGUUAUCGUCAAUUUCAAAAAAAACGCCCCCAUUGCCAAUCAAAGGCACAGCAACUUCCAAUGACACUAGUACUAGAAACAUCAUGCCUUCUUUAAACAAGCCCACAUUACCACCAAAGCAAUCUUUAGAUCACGACAAAAGUUAUGGUCCCACAACACACACCGAUGACUUUAAUGAGUAUUCACCACCAGCCGCAGUAAAAGUGGCACCAGUGCCUGCGAUUCCGCAAAGACCUGAUAAAUUGACCAACUUCCAAUCAGUAAAACCGAAUAAAGAGGAGACACAACAGCCCAUUCAAGAAAUAGAUUAUGUGGGUAUAAAUACUACUGAUAAUGAUAGCAGCGAAAAGGAACACUUGCUCAAUACUUUACAAAGAAUUAUAAAUAAUUUGGGGUCAAACGAUAAAAUUCGACAAGAAACAGCUUUAAACGAUAAAAUAGCGCAAGUGAAUUCAGUUAUUAAAGGAUUUGAAAAAGUUUACGACUUCCAAAAUAGCACGUUGAAAAAAUUUAAUGAGAAUAUCCAAUCUUCAAAUAUAGAAUUGAAACAGAAAAUGAAUUUAUUCCAUGAGAGACAAAAGAUUUUACAGCAAACAUGUGCUAGAGUGUCACAAACACCUGUUAAAGAUUUAAUAGAAGAAAAUGAUGAACAUGACUCUAAAAUGAUUCAUUUAGUAGCAAAAGAUAGAGCAUUGGAAGAUGCUAUUUAUAUGUUAUUUAAAUUAUUUAAUGCGCUAUGUGAAGAUGGGCAACAUCAAUCGGAAGAUAUUAAUGAUAAUAUAUCCUUAGAGAGUUAUUUAAAAAAAACUCGUAAAUUGGCUAGGGAACAAUUUAUGGUACGAUACGAAAUAUAUUCACAGAAUAUCAAUAAUACGGAUAAGUCAUAG